GUGAAACAUGCAGGUCCAUACGUCACUACAUCAUCUUUUGCUUUCGCUCUCUAUCAUCAUUCUAGUCUAGCAAUCUCUCAUCACGAUCAAGAAAGCAAGCAGCAGGAUGACACGCUUCACAAUCACAACAUCAGGGGUCGCAUUGGUGUUUAUGGCGAUCGCUUUGAUCUUGCCAGCAGUGCAGGCAAUCAAGUUUGAGAUGCCAGCUCAAACCGCCUCAGACGCCGAUCAGUUCUGUGUGUCCCAUUAUGUCGAUGAUGAGACACACGUUGUAGUUAAAGUCAAGGUUGGACCUGGCCCACAUCAAAAGACAUUGCUCGAGAUCACUGACGAUAGUGAGCACCAAAACCAGCUCUGGAGAAAGGAUGCGUUAACAGAGGACCUUCAGCGUGCCACCAUCCUGACCAAGCAAGCUGGCGAUGUUGUUGCUUGCUUCACCAAUACCCUUGAUAACGGUUACCAGCCAGAUCCCCGCUAUACUCGCACGGUUGACAUUGAUUUUGACGUUGGGUCUGAGACUAUUGACUAUGCCAAGUUGGCAGAGCAGGAAAAGCUGAAGCCCAUGGAGUUGGAGUUGCGCAAGCUGGAGGACCUUGUUAAGGACAUCCUCGAGAACAUGGAACAACUCCAGGCACGCGAGGAGAGAAUGCGCAACACAAACGAAUCAACAAAUGAGCGCGUCAAAUACUUCUCAACAUUGACAAUGGUUGUUUUGGUGGCCUUGGGAUUAUGGCAGAUCUUUUACUUGAAGCGUUUCUUCCGGAAGAAGCGUCUUAUUGACUGAGCUGCCAGGAUGGUUCAUUCGACCAUUGAUGCGAGUAUUGCUUCCAAUGGAUUCUUCA